AUGAUGCUGGGGCCAAGUGUGAAGCCUCCAGAAGCAAGGACCAUGGAGUACCUGGAGGAGAUAGCCAUUGACUUUGGAGGACUGGCCAACAGAACCAUGUCUGCCAAGAGAUCCAAAGGGCUGGUACAGAGGAUCACAGACUAUGCCAUGGCCCUGCCAUUCGUCAGGCAGCAAGUCUACAAGACAGUGGAGAGCAAAGUUCAGAAGCAAACCAAAGGACUCUACCCUGCCCCUCUAAAGAUCAUCGAGGUUGUAAAGACAGGGCUGGAUCAGGGCCGUGAUGCUGGGUACCUCACUGAGUCCCAGAGCUUUGGCCAACUUGCAAUGACAAAGGAAUCCAGGGCCCUGAUUGGACUUUACCACGGGCAGGUGCAGUGCAAGAAGAACAAGUUUGGGGCACCCCAGCGAGAGGUGAAGACCCUGGCAGUGCUGGGAGCAGGGCUGAUGGGAGCUGGGAUUGCCCAGGUGUCAGUGGACAAAGGGCUGAAGACCAUUCUGAAGGACACAGCUCAGCAAGGCCUGGACAGAGGACAGCAGCAGAUCUUCAAGGGGCUGAACAGCAAGGUGAAGAAGAAGAGUCUGACAUCCUUUGAGAGGGACUGCAUCCUCAGCAACCUGACAGGCCAGCUGGACUACAAGGGCUUUGAGAAGGCAGACAUGGUGAUUGAGGCUGUGUUUGAGGACAUCAACAUCAAACACAAAGUGCUGAAGGAAGUGGAGGCUGUGAUCCCUGCUCACUGUAUCUUUGCCAGCAACACCUCAGCUCUGCCCAUCAGCCAGAUUGCUGCUGCCAGCAAGAGGCCAGAGAAGGUGAUUGGGAUGCACUACUUCUCCCCCGUGGACAGGAUGCAGCUCCUGGAGAUCAUCACCACAGAGAAAACCUCCCAGGACACAGCUGCUUCUGCUGUUGCUGUUGGCCUCAAGCAGGGCAAGGUGGUCAUCGUGGUCAAGGAUGGACCUGGCUUCUACACCACCAGGUGCCUGGGCCCCAUGCUGGCUGAAGUGGUCCGGGUUCUCCAGGAGGGCUUUGACCCAAAGAAGGUGGAUGCCAUCUCCACAGCCUUUGGGUUUCCCGUGGGUGCUGCCACCCUCAUUGAUGAGGUGGGGGUGGACGUGGCCACACACGUGGCUGAGGACCUGGGCAAAGCCUUUGGAGAACGUUUUGGAGGAGGCAGCAUCGAGUUGUUCAAGCUCAUGGUGGAAAAAGGCUUCUUAGGUCGGAAGGCUGGGAAAGGUUUCUACAUCUACCAGGAGGGGGUGAAGAACAGGAGUGUGAAUUCUGGCAUGGAGGAGAUCCUGGCACGGUUCAAUGUGCCAGCCAACCCCGAGGUGUGCACAGAUGAGGACAUCCAGAUGCGCCUGGUGAGCAGGUUUGUGAACGAGGCAGCCAUGUGCCUGCAGGAGGGGAUCCUCAGCAGCCCCGUGGAGGGGGACAUUGGUGCUGUCUUUGGCUUGGGCUUCCCACCCUGCCUGGGAGGUCCCUUCAGGUAUGUUGACUCCUAUGGACCCAAGCAGAUGGUGGAGAAGCUGAGGAAGUACGAGGCUGUCUAUGGCUGCCAGUUCACCCCCUGCCAGCUCCUGCUGGACUAUGCCAACAGCCCGGGCAAGAAGUUCCACCAGUGAGCAGUGCCCAGCACCCCUCCCUUGCCUGGCACAGCUCCAGCCAGAGGGCACCACCACCCCUCCACCGACACCCCCUUCCCCAGGCUGACCUGCCAAGCACCCAGGAGGAGGGGCAGGAGGUGGCAGGGGGUGGCCUGGGGGCUUUGCAGUCAUUUCAAGUGCCUUAUCAGCUGCUGUGUGUUGGGCACCUCCAUCCCCUGGGCCUGGUGCCUCCUCCUGGCUGGGGCAGAGCUGUUCAUCCCUCUCCCCUUCCCUGCUGCCACCUCCAGAGCUCCUCUGCAGCUCCAGCAGCACAGCUGGCCCUGAGGCUUUGCCUUCCUCCGAGAGAAAUAAAUCCCCAUCUCCUGGGUUCUUUUGGACUUCUUCCACUCCUGCUUCUCCUCGCUGGGGCUGCUGUGGCCUCCUCAGCUGCCAAGGAAGGGAACCGAGUCGGAAAUAAAGCGUUCAGGCAAUC